GACCACAUCCCCAGGUCCAUCAGCUGUCUGUCUGCUGCAGAGAUGGUGCAAGCAACUCCCUUCCUCGUCGUGCUCUUCCUGGCACUGGGGGCUCCCGGCCUGGCUGUAAAAAAGUGCUCCCUGACCGGGCGCUGGGUCAAUGACCUGGGCUCCAACAUGACUAUCGAGACGGUGCAUGCAAACGGUGCCUUCUCCGGCUCCUACCACACGGCUGUCACAGCCACCACAAACGAGAUCAAGGUGUCACCACUGCAGGGAUUCAUGCAGAAGGGUCCUAACCAGAAGGGCCAGCCUACCUUCGGCUUCACUGUCAACUGGAGCUUUUCAGACUCCAUCACUGUUUUCACGGGCCAGUGCUUUGUGGAUUAUGAUGGAAAGGAGGUGUUGAGGACCAUGUGGCUGCUGAGAUCACGUGUGGAGAGCAUUACUAAUGACUGGAAAGCCACCAGGGUCGGCACCAACAUCUUCACCCGCCUGCAGCUCCCGGAGUGAGGGCGGCAGCGGGGGUUCCCAGGCCAGCUGCAGUGCCAGGGAUGUGGCUCCUGCAGCACCACCUGCUUCUCCCAAUAAAGCUUUGCUGCAAA